GCCCUCGAAGGUUGCUUCAAGAAAGCAACAGACCUUGACGUCUUUCACCAUUGCAUUGGAGGUAACCGCAUCCCCGAUAUUCCUGAUUUUGCGGAGGAGGCAGCGAGGCACAUUAUUUUGGUGUGCUUGGAUUGUGAGCAUUGGUCGAACAACACGGAUGAGACGACGGAGGUUGGCAUCGCAACAUUUAGACAGCAAGACAUAUUACGGCUUAGGGAAAAGGGCGACUUGGGUCCCCGUGGUGAGCGUCUGAUGCAGCAGGUCAAGUUCUACCUGUUGCGCUUGAUCGAGACAUCACACCUCCCAAACGGAAACCCACACUCGCGUGGAGUAGACGGCAAUCGGUUUGGCCAAGGGCGCUUUGUCACCUUCGCGGAAGCACGCCAGAUCAUGCACGAUUUGUUUGUGCAGCCCAUCAAGGACGUUCCCGGUUUGACAGGAAACCAUCCCAUCGUGGUCCUGGGCCACGAUGUCGGCCACGACAAGAACAACCUCAAGCACAAAGCGAUAGCGUUCGACAUGGAUCCGAUUGGCACGGUGAUCCGGUACAUCGACACACAGGUACUUGCGCGCGACAAGAUGUUCUGGAUUGGUAAGCACAACGAGCAAAUCGGAUUGCGGCAACUCGUCGGUCAUCUGUGGUUCGAGCAUAGUGAUCCCCACACUGCGGCUAACGACGCGGGUCGCACUCUGAUCGCCGCCUUUCAGAUAGCGCUCCACGGGCAUGCAUGCACACGCCACGCAAAGCCCAUGGUAGAAGUAGCUGAAGAUCUCGAGGAGUACAGCGUCGCCAACUUUACGCCCAUCGGAGGCGUCGCAGAGUACUGUUGGAGAUGCGGCAAGGCGGGACAUAUGAAGGCAGCCUGUACAGCAAAAGACCUUCACUGCGACGAGUGCGAGGAGAACGAGUGCGAACUGGAGCCUGGUGAGGAGCACAUCACGGCACACUGCCUUUGCAUUGCUCAAGCAAAGGCAAACCUGAGGCGCGAGAAGGAUGCAGAGGCGCGAGCUGUUAAAAAGGCACAACCAAAGCCGCCCACGCGUAGUCGAGGCGGUCGUCCU